AAUUCUAAUUGUAAUUGAAUAACAAGAAGGAAAAAAUUCUUAUUUAUCUCGUUCUGAAAAAAGAAUAGAAUUUACCGAAUGUAAUGAGAAUACGACCCCUGGCGCUCGUAUUUUUUCUGUUUGAAUUGUUGACAUGAAAAAUUUUCUUCCAAAAUUUUAUCUUAAUUAUCUAAUCAACGUUAUUAGUAAAUCUUUUCGUUUUUCUUAAUUAAAUUAACUGUUCAUCCUGUCACUUUCUCAUCAUUUGGUUCUCUAUUUGUUGGAGGAAACAUGUUACCUUUACAGAUAUUUGUUUACUUAUGUUCACCCAAUUCAUCAUCAUUGUCUUAUCCUCAUCGUCAAUUAUUGUUUCAUCAUGUUUAAUUUGGAGAUUAAUUUAGUUCUGUUUUCAUUUUGUUUCAUCUAAUUUCUUUUAAUUGUUCACCUUUACAAUUACUUAUUAUUCUUGAUGAAUCUUCUACCGUCUACCCUGUUAUUGUAAACAUCUUUUAAGAUUUAAGCUUAAUCAGGCUUCUUGUUUAUAUCCUUUUGUACCUUGUUCUCCUUUUCCUUUAAUUUUCUACAUUUAAGCCUUUAAGCUUUCGGCUAUUUGUGAAUAUUAUUGCUGUUUAUUAAGAAUCUUUUUUCCAAUCUGAGACUGAUCAAUUAACCAUGACAGCUUCUGAUAACGAUGAAAUUUGUGACAAACCGGUAAAGAUAAAUCGACCCAGUGUACCGGUUAUUAAUUCCAUUACUUAUAUGAGUAACAUUGAACGAAAACUCACCAAAUUGUUUAAAUGUUGCUUCUAUCGAGAUCGCUGUUUUUUUACCACCGAUGAUGCUGUUUGCUUUUUAAAUCAUUUGGACACUUGUCAUGGGAAUAAAGAUGUCUCUUGUAUUUACUGUUAUUAUCAAUCUGGUGAAACGGAACCUUACAAAAAAGCUGAUCGUCUUAUUGAUCAUAUCAUUACUAAUCAUGGCCUCAGAAAUUUCCAAUGUAAUUUAUGUGUUUAUCGAGGUUCAAGUAUACCUCAUGUUCUUCUUCAUCAAGCAAAUAUUCAUGGUAACAAUUAUCAAACCACCUUAUCUGGUGAUGGGUCUGUAGGCAUUUGUAAAGUUCUAGUCUGUAAGCAAAUCGUUUCAGGUCCAUUACCCAGUGAAACUGUUUAUUGGUCUAAUUGUCGAGUUGAACGAAAAGUCGAUCCUCCCAAAGAAUCGCCAAAAUAUCAAUGCCUUUAUUGUGAAUUUGUUUCUUUCAUUCCUCAUGUUGUUUUCUUUCAUAUUUGCAAAGUUCACCCUGAUUAUAGUUUAACUUUAUACGAUAAAUAUGUUGAUCAAUUACCAGAGAUUAAAGAAGCUGAAGAAAAGGUUGAUGAAGUCGUAGAUGAUGAGGAUGCUGAAUUAGAUGCUAUUGUCCAUGAUCUCCAUUCAAUCGGUACCAAAGAUGAUGACGAAGAUAUGACUCCUGUUGAUGAUGCUCCUCCUGAAGAAUUUUCCGGAGAUGAUGAAACUGUCACCAAAAAUCAGCCAAAUGCUUCUAUUUCCACGCGAGAGCGACUAUUUGCCUUGAAAGGUGUUCGAAUUGCCAAAAAACAACCCGAUGAUAAACCAGGUAAAGCACGAAAGUCUACAGGAAAACAAAUCGUUGAGCCUGAACCAGAAUUUGAUAGAGAAGAAGAAGACGAAGAGGAACAUCUAACUGCUCGCCAAAGAAUCAUGAGAGGAUACAGACCUGAACAAAGUGCUGCUUUAUUUAAACCUGUGGCUCUUGCCGGAAGUCAAGUGACAGCUAAAAGUUUUGUCGCUCGAAAUAUGUUUAAAUGUUUAAUAUGUGCUGAUGGUGCUCAAAUUAGUCGUGUUGGAAUUGGCUCCCAUCUAAUGCUUAAACAUAACACAGACAGCUCGUUAAAGUGUUCUGAGUGUAAAUUUGUUGGUUCGGUUAAAGAAAUAAUCAUCCAUUUCAAAUCAAUUCACAGUUUUAGUGAUUCAUCAGUUAGAUAUAUCAAAUUCAUCGUUGCCAUGGAUGAAACGGAAGAAGCCAGUCAACCAAUGUUGGGUCAACCUGUUAGAUCGGGUGAUUUAACACCUAUGGAAAGGAUUAGAAGAAAGAAUCUAGAAAAGGAUCCUAAAAAUUUGUCAAGCAAGAUUAAAAGAUCUGUUUUCAUUGGCCCCAAGAGUUGGAGAGACAAGCAAAGGCAAUUGCGAAAAGAAAACGCCGGUGAAGACGCUGACGAUAGUGAACGUGAAGAGAUGGAAAUAGAUGAUACUAUUGAGAGUGUUGUUAAUCAAGGGUCAAGUGAGAGUCAAGAUCGAACCGAGCGAUCUGAUAGGAUUAUUCGGCUAAAGAAGAGAAAGGCCAGUGAAUUGGAAGACGAACCAAGUGCACCCGUUUCAAUCGAAGAACUUUUAGAACUUAAAUCAUCUCGUGAACGUGAAUCUGAAUAUUUCUUCUGUCUUUUCUGUCCUUCGUUAUCAACGAAAGAUUUUUCUGAAGCUCAAGCUCAUAUAAAAUGUCACCUUGAACUGAACAUAUUUACCUGUUCAAAAUGUUCAAUAUUUCAAUGUGAAAAUAUCCAAGAGUUGAAGGAACACCAUGAAAACGUUCACCCAAAUGAACAUAUUCCUCUUCCCAAUGCAAGUGCAAAUAAUACUCAUAUUAAUUAUAUAAUUGAAUUUCUCAAUGAGCAAUUCAUCCGUCGUCGUAAAGGUGAUCAAAUGUCCCCUGAUCAAGCUGCUCGAUACGCUAGAAUCAUUUGCCCGAUUUGUGAAAGUGCCAAUAAAAUAACUGGUGAUACAAAUUUUCAUUUCACCAAAUGGAAAUCAUUCAAAAUCCAUUUCUGGAAACACGCCAAUGCUUCAUUCAUUAAAUGUCGUAAAUGCGGUGCUCUAGUCCCACGAACAAGGAAACGUGCCCAUCUUGAUUUAAAUCAUCCCGAAGAUCUAGAUGGUCCUACUUCCGAUAUCAAAGAUUUUACUCCUUUCUAUCAUGAACCACUACCUGAGCUCGCUCUCAACUCUUUGAAAAGUUGCAAGAGGAUACGAAAAGCAUUAUAUGAGAGUAGAAUUAAAGAAGAGUUCGAAAUCACUGAAUGUCGUGUUGAGAUUAAACGUAUGAAAACUCCUGAAACUGAAAAGAUACAUAAGAUCAAAGAAGAGCCCCUGGAUACAUGAGAUAUUGGAAUGAGCUUAUACAUAGUGUUUAAUCAACGUUAUUACUUUUCUUCACUAAUUAUUACAAAAAGAGAAACAGUCGUCAACAAAAAACCAAUGGAUUACAUGAUUAACAUUUACAUUCACGAAAAGAUUUUUUUUAUCAGAUUCGUUCUUUUAUAUUACCUACCACCAGUAAUAUCAAAAGAAAAAUAUUCCUGAGCUCAGUUGCACAAAACUUAUCGGAAAAAACUUAAAUCAGACAAUUAAUUUAAAAAAUUAACAAUUGUCUUUCAAUUACUCUUCCAAUUCACAUUUUGAUGAAGUUGUGGCCAACGAUGAAUCCGAAUCAUAUUCUGAAGUUGAUCUAUCCUGAUUCUCACUGCUGUAAACUGAAUCAUCAGAGGUUCCAUGUUCCUCAUCACCCUGCAAAACAAUGACAAAUUUAUCAAUAACUUUACGUGCCUUAAACAAAUUCAACCUUCUUUUUACUUACAAUUUUGUCAAAUUUUCGUUUGAUAAUCUCCUCAUCACUGCGAUAGAUUUCAUCUGGUUCCAUGUUCUCGGUGUUGAUACUUUCAACCUGUGGAGGGAAAACAAAUGAUUUAGUGUUUAUUGAUUGGAUCACUCGAACGAGACGAAACGAAAAAGAGGAAAAUUAAGGUUGGAAAUGGUGAUGGUGGUGACAUGGAAAAGAGAUAUUUUUUUACCUCGUCCAGUAAAAGUCCUUUAGCCUCGAGCACUUGAUUUAGCGAACCAAUUUGUUUCAGAAUAUUUUCCAUUGCAUUUUCUGUUACUUGUAAACGUUUUUUAAGCUGACAAAUUUGUUCAUCUUCUUGGAAUCAUAGUAGAAACAAAAUACCAAAAGUCAACAUCAAAUGGUUACGAUUUCAAUUUUUCAUAAUCAAAACAAAAACAAUGUAUCUAAACACUUACUUUUCAUAUCGUUUUCUUUGUCUUCUUGAUAUGUAAACAAACAAAAUGAUGAAAAACAAAAUUAAUUAGUGAUUCUAAUGUCCUGGAGAUUAAUGGAGAUGAAAAAAACUUUUGUAAACAAUUAAAUGUAACCAUUUACCUUGA